GCGCACUGCUUAUUUCCCGCUGUCAGGAUGAGGAGGCGGAGGUCGGCGCUCGGGUCCGUCUCUGCCCGCGGCUGUGGCGGCGCCGGCGGCUCCAGCCUUAGCGGUUCCUCCCUGGGCGGCGGCGGCGGCGGCUCGGUCGACGCCUCCUCCGCCAGCUGAGCCCGUGGGAGCUCGGGACGCCGCUUCCCCGCCCAUCCCCGCUCCCCGAGGCUGGCCGCCUGGCCAUGGCGCAGCCGGGCCCGGCUCCUCAGCCUGACGUUUCUCUUCAGCAACGGGUAGCAGAAUUGGAAAAAAUUAAUGCAGAAUUUUUACGUGCACAGCAGCAGCUUGAGCAAGAAUUUAAUCAAAAGAGAGCAAAAUUUAAAGAGUUAUAUUUGGCUAAAGAGGAGGAUCUGAAGAGGCAAAAUGCAGUGUUACAAGCUGCACAAGAUGAUUUGGGACACCUUCGGACACAGCUGUGGGAGGCCCAAGCAGAGAUGGAGAAUAUUAAGGCUAUUGCCACAGUCUCUGAGAAUACCAAGCAAGAAGCUAUAGAUGAAGUGAAAAGACAGUGGAGAGAAGAAGUUGCUUCACUUCAGGCUGUUAUGAAAGAAACAGUUCGUGACUAUGAACACCAGUUCCACCAUAGGCUGGAGCAGGAGCGAACACAGUGGGCACAGUAUCGAGAAUCCGCAGAGAGGGAAAUAGCUGAUUUAAGGAGAAGGCUGUCUGAAGGCCAAGAGGAGGAAAAUUUAGAAAAUGAAAUGAAAAAGGCCCAAGAGGACGCUGAAAAACUUCGGUCUGUUGUGAUGCCCAUGGAGAAGGAAAUUGCAGCUUUGAAAGAUAAACUGACAGAGGCUGAAGACAAGAUUAAAGAGCUGGAAGCCUCAAAGGUUAAAGAACUGAAUCAUUAUCUGGAAGCUGAGAAAUCUUGUAGGACUGAUCUAGAGAUGUAUGUAGCUGUUUUGAAUACUCAGAAAUCCGUUUUACAGGAAGAUGCUGAGAAACUGCGGAAAGAAUUGCAUGAAGUUUGCCAUCUCUUGGAGCAAGAGCGACAACAACACAACCAGUUAAAACACACAUGGCAGAAGGCCAAUGACCAGUUUCUGGAAUCUCAGCGUUUGCUGAUGAGGGACAUGCAGCGAAUGGAGAUUGUGCUAACUUCAGAACAGCUCCGACAAGUUGAAGAACUGAAGAAGAAAGAUCAGGAGGAAGAUGAACAACAAAGACUUAAUAAGAGAAAGGAUCGCAAAAAAACAGAUGUUGAAGAAGAAGUAAAAAUACCUGUAGUGUGUGCUUUAACUCAUGAAGAAUGUUCAGCCCAGUUAUCAAAUGAAGAGGAGCAUUUAGAUAGCACCCAUGGUUCAGUCCAUUCCUUAGAUGGAGACUUACUGUUGCCAUCUGGAGAUCCAUUCAGUAAAUCGGACAAUGACAUGUUUAAAGAUGGACUCAGGAGAGCACAGUCGACAGACAGCUUGGGAACCUCAGGCUCACUGCAAUCCAAAGCUUUAGGCUAUAACUACAAAGCAAAAUCUGCUGGGAACCUGGACGAGUCGGAUUUUGGACCAUUGGUAGGAGCAGAUUCAGUCUCUGAGAACUUUGAUACUGCCUCCCUUGGGUCACUGCAAAUGCCAAGUGGGUUUAUGUUAACCAAAGAUCAGGAAAGAGCAAUCAAGGCGAUGACACCAGAACAAGAAGAGACGGCGUCCCUCCUCUCCAGUGUCACCCAGGGUAUGGAAACUGCUUACGUGUCCCCCAGUGGUUACCGCUUAGUCAGUGAGACAGAAUGGAAUCUCCUGCAGAAAGAGGUACAUAAUGCUGGAAAUAAACUUGGUAGACGAUGUGAUAUGUGUUCCAAUUAUGAAAAACAGUUACAAGGAAUUCAAAUUCAGGAGGCUGAAACAAGAGACCAGGUGAAAAAACUGCAGGUGAUGCUAAGGCAAGCAAAUGACCAGUUAGAGAAGACAAUGAAAGAUAAACAGGAACUGGAAGACUUCGUAAAGCAGAGCACUGAAGAUUCAAGUCAUCAGAUCUCAGCACUUGCCUUAAGAGCCCAAGCAUCUGAGAUCUUACUUGAAGAGUUACAACAGGGGUUUUCCCAAGCAAAGAGGGAUGUUCAGGAACAGAUGGCAGUGCUGAUGCAGUCACGGGAACAGGUUUCAGAAGAGCUGGUGAGGUUACAGAAAGAUAAUGACAGUCUUCAGGGAAAGCAUAGCUUGCAUGUGUCAUUACAGCAAGCAGAAGACUUCAUUCUCCCGGACACUAUAGAGGCGCUCCGGGAGUUGGUAUUAAAAUACCGUGAGAACAUCGUUAAUGUGCGGACAGCAGCCGACCACAUGGAAGAAAAGCUGAAGGCUGAAAUACUGUUCCUAAAGGAGCAGAUUCAAGCAGAACAGUGUUUAAAAGAAAACCUUGAAGAAACUCUGCAGCUAGAAAUAGAAAACUGCAAGGAAGAAAUAGCUUCAAUUUCUAGCCUAAAAGCUGAAUUAGAAAGAAUAAAAGUAGAAAAAGGACAGUUGGAGUCCACAUUAAGAGAGAAGUCUCAACAGCUUGAGAGCCUUCAGGAAAUGAAAAUCACUUUGGAAGAAGAGUUAAAGAAAGAGACUGCUGCCAAGGUUACCGUUGAACAACUAAUGUUUGAAGAGAAGAACAAAGCUCAGAGGUUGCAGACAGAACUAGAUGUCAGUGAACAAGUCCAGAGAGAUUUUGUAAAGCUUUCUCAGACCCUUCAGGUGCAGUUAGAGCGGAUCCGGCAAGCAGACUCCUUGGAGAGAAUCCGGGCAAUUCUGAAUGAUACCAAACUGACAGACAUUAACCAGCUCCCUGAGACAUGACACCCUCGUAGCAGGACUCUAGCCUGCACUUUGGGUUUUUAACUCAUCUUUAGAGCAACAUUAAUUAUUAUUUAACUCUUAACUGAAGAAGUCACACAAAAAAAGGAAGACUGGAGAAAUGCUCACUUCUAGUGGGAGAAGACUGUGCAGCACAGGAACAGCAAACAGCCAGGGUAAUUUGCAGCAAAAAGACCUUUCAACUGGGAACACUAACGAGACUCCGGACUUGAUUCCAGCAGGUGUGGGAUCAGAUUUGGUGAUGGAGAAAGUGCUGUUUCCUUGCCUGCUUUAUCCAACAUUUCCCUACCCUAAAACACCAUCCCAAUAGUGUUUGGAAUUACAUUUUCUGUUCAUAGAUAUUGGAAGAGAGAAUUUUCUUUUCCUGUUGUCUAGAGUUCAUCAGUAACAGUAUUCAGCUAGCAGACAGGUAUAGUAUGCUGUAUGAAUAUUUUAUAUUAAAAUAUGAAGUUUGAGAGCAGGCCAUUGGCUAGUGACUGUAUUUCCUAGCUCGGUGCAUUUUAUUUUGCCAUUUUAUCUUGUGUUGGAGGACCUUAAAUGCUACUGAAACUUGCCUGAGAACCAUAAGACAGUGGCAACAAAACCAAUUCAAGAACUAAAUUAAUUAUGAGAAUUUGAAAACCUGGCUGGGGCUAUAUGUAGUGGAAGUUGAGGUUAAAGGAAAAGCACAAGAAACUGUUUGGAAGCACUUUUUCUGCUCCCUGGAUGAGUUUCAUGGGCCCACAGGUACCAAGAUCAAGCUGAAGUGGCACCAUCUACUCUCUUGACAACUGUUUUAGUUUAGUUAUUGGAUCAGUGGAAAAAACCAAUAUUAAUAAAACCAGCUAAUCUGACAACAUCUAGUAUAAAUUUAUAAAUCUGCUGCUUAUUUUCAACUCGAAUCAGUGGGUCUGAGCACUAUUUUGUUUCAAGUGUCAAAUACAAAAAUGGUGAUAACUAGGUUUGACCUAUUUUGUAACUUUCUUUUAUAAUUUAGACCUGGAGUGUGAUAAUGCUUAUAGUGAAGUUGGGGAAAACCCAGUCAGUAUGUUCACCAGUUUGGGAAUCUGCUUUGUCAUUUCUCUGAGGUUAGAUUCGUUUCCUGCGUGGAGAAGCUUCAGUGAACAGGUUGUGUUUGCCGUAGCUUUACAAAGUAUUGCAGAAAGCACAGAGAAUGGCUUCGUGUUCACUGUUUACCUGCUGCAGCACUAUUAGCCAGUGGAAGGCUACACUGUUCAUCAUACAGGUGGUUCCAAAGUAAAAUUGUUUUCAAAUAAUUUUUGUGAUUGGUAUUGCAGAAUAGCAGGGUACUUGAAGAAACCUUGGGGGAAUUAAGUGGAUUAAGUAGAUUGUUUGGCUCACUUAAAGCCACCAUCAACUUACAGUUUAAAGUAAAUUGUCUUUGUUAUAAAUGAAUUUAAAAGUAAAUACUAAUUAUGGAAAUAGUGCUAGCUAGGCUUGCCAUGCAUGAAACAUUGUUUUAAUUGGUUUCAAGUCUUUUUGUAUAAAGUACUACUUGGUUUAGAUAAAGGAAACAUAUAUCUUCAUUGAGUCACAGGGAAUUUUAUCAAUUCCAGAAUGCAAUUAGUUUUAAAUUAUAUGUGUUAAAACUAGUCCCUUCGAUGAGACCCAAGCUAAUGUGUUUUAGAUUAUUAAAAUUGGCAUCGUAAAUCAGGAUGGGUAAUUCAUAAUUUCCCUGAAUGAACUGAACCUACAACUCCCAGGGAACUGCUCUGCUGAGACUAGGCACUUUGCAGAUAUUUUUCUCCAUAAGAUGGUCCUGGGCCAAUAAAAUCAUGACUAGGGAACUGUCAGCAGUCUCGACCAUGGCAGAUGCAAACUGUUGGAACCCACUUUGUUGAGAAAAAUAACUAGAAAAACCCAAACUGAGACUCUAGGUUUUCUUAAUCUAUUUCUGGUCUGAAACAAACUAUUGUGCCACUCUCCUGGUAGGAAACUCUUCUUUAAACUGGGUUUUCUGUAUAAAUGGGAAACUGAUUUAGAAGGUAGGAUUUAGCCCUUCUAGACAAAAGAUCACUUGGGUUUCAUGAGUGUUCCUGUGCUUGUAUUCAGUCUCUACACGUUCUCAUGCAUGUCUAACCUGAUUUACCUCUUACCUGUAACCUACCUUAUCAUGUGGCUUUUAAUUGACAGUCACUCAGCCAUUUCUAGGCAGGUACGGUAUUACCUUUCAGAACUCAUAUUCACAGGUAUAAAAAGAUUACCUAAA